AUGCUUCUCCAAUAUAUUAUAGGAGAAAAAAUCGGACGGGGUACAUUUGGAGAAGUAUACAAUGCUAAAGAUACCAAAACUGGGGAGAUUGUAGCGAUAAAAAUCGAACCUCAUACAAGUCGCAAGAGAUAUCUUGAACAUGAAUUCAAAAUUCUUACUCAUUUGCAAUCUUCACUUAUGUUUCCACGAUGUGGCAUAUUCGGGGUAACUCCAGAGUUUAGAUUUUAUUCAAUGGAAUUAUUAGGUCCUUCAAUUACACAGAUUUUCAAGAAAAUUCCUAUUGAAUCCGGUAUUAUAGUAAUGCAAGAAUCUCUUAAAGCAUUAGAACAACUCCAUCUUCGAGGUUUUGUCCAUCGCGAUAUAAAACCUGGAAAUAUUAUAACAAGAAACAAGCGAGAUACUCCCAUUUGUAUUAUUGAUUUCGGAUUAACUCGUCAAUAUAUCGAUACCGAAACAGGAAAGCAUUGUUUGCACGAAGAAAACGCCGGGUUCAGAGGAUCAAAAGCAUACGCAAGCAUAAAUGCUCAUCAUUUUUGUACCGUGUCUCGAAAAGACGAUUUGAUUUCAUGGUACUACGUAAUGAUUGAGUUACUCUGUGGAAAAUUACCAUGGAGAGGAGUGCAAGAUAAUGAUGAACUAAUAUACUUGAAAUCACAGUUUAAUGUGAAAAAAUUUACCCAUAAUGUUGGACCAGAACUUGCAGAUAUUUGGACAAGUAUUUCAUACUUGCAUUUUGACGAAAAACCUAAUUAUAAAUACAUAUACGAGAAAAUUGAUGAUAUGAAGAGACGAAUUGGCAUUACAGGUAAUGAACAUCAUGUUUGGGAAAAUUAUUUUGCAGAUCUUCCUAAUCCAGAUGAUUUUGUUGACUGGAAUGGACCAGUUGAAGGAGCAAAUGAAGUUGAGCUAAGUCCAGAAUUCAUUUGUGAUGAUGAAGUUCUUGAUAAUAUUAAUCGAGAAUCAAGUUGUUAUAUCUGA